AAAUAUAUAUAUGUCUGUCGCACACAACAACUUCUGUGCGAAUCCACCUUAUUUUGCUGCUUGUGCUGUAUAUCAGAGUCACAUCAGCAGAUACGACAACAACAAGAGAGGGAAAGGUAAAAGUAGGUUAAAAAUAAAAAUGGAAAUAAGGGGAUUAGAUAGCAACGGGCGUGAAUUCAAAAACCCAGAAGAGAUGUGGGAACAAGAAAUUGGCGAUUCACAAAAGAAAGUUGAUUGGUAUCGUAAUGGUGUUGGCUAUUGGCAGGGCGUGGAAGCAUCAAUGGAUGGGGUUUUGGGUGGAUAUGGACAUGUGAAUGAACCUGAUAUCAAAUCUAGUGAAGCUUUUCUUAAUACUCUUCUGACUGCAUUUUUUCCAAAUGCUGGUAGAAAUCAACAUCUUGUCGCUCUUGAUUGUGGCUGUGGAAUUGGAAGGGUGACUAAGAAUCUUCUUAUAAGAUACUUCAAUGAGGUUGACCUUCUUGAGCCUGUGUCGCAUUUCUUGGAGGCUGCACGUGAGAGCUUGGUUCCAGAAAACCUGUCGGUUUCCGUGGAGCACAAAGCUGUGAAUUUCUUUUGUGCCCCACUGCAGGAAUUCACUCCAGAUUCAGGAAGGUAUGAUGUCAUAUGGGUCCAAUGGUGCAUUGGGCAUCUUUCCGAUGAUGACUUUGUGGCAUUCUUCAAGAGAGCAAAGGCUGGCCUUAAACCUGGUGGAUUUUUUGUUUUGAAAGAAAACCUUGCACGAUCAGGAUUUGUGCUGGAUAAUGAAGAUAAGAGCCUUACAAGAUCUCAUGUAUACUUCAAAGAGCUCUUUAGGCAAUGUGGUCUUACCAUCUACAAUACGAAGGAUCAAACAAAAUUUCCAAAAGAACUAUUCCCUGUGAGAAUGUAUGCAUUGACAACAGAAAUGCCGAAAAGAGCCAUCUCUUCAAGACCAAAACGACAGUCUAAUAGACCUGGUCUAAUCAGAUGAAAAGCUGUUAGUGUUGGGUCUUUUUGUGCAUUUAAGUGGUGAUUGUGUAUUGCUUGUCCAGUUUUUGAUGUUUCCUUAAUAGACAAAGUGGCUUUUAGAUUUGUAACGGCAUGUACUAGAUGGAAUGAGUUGACAUUGUUAAAGGGACAUCUUAUGGUACGAGGUCGAUUUGAUAUUUCUUUAAGUGAAAGAUUGUUUGGUGUGAAGAGUUAUGACUGUAUAUUGGAAUAUUCGUUAUGAUUUGGUGAGCACAAUAAGAUUAGAAUAAAAUUUGGGGUUUCUUAUAGUU